AUGGGCGGCUAUUUUUCCAAACUUGAAAAAUCUCCAUCAAAGGGCGUAUCUGAUGUUCCCAAGAUUCUCAUUAAUGAUACCCCGAUUGAGAAUGCAGCUGAAAGCUUCAAAACCGGUGAAAAAUUGAUCAAACCUGAUCCUGAUCACCGUGGUAAAUGGAUUCAAUGUGAUGGAACUUAUGAAGAGAUGAGUGCCGAAUCUGGAAAAAUGAUUGCAACAUUCAACCUUUUGCAGUCGUGCUAUAACUGCAUCCCACUGCUAAAAAAUUACCUUUGUGAAGAUUUGAUCAGCUUCACCUUUUCUCUUGCAAACAUGUGGAAAACUUACUUCGUGAGAAACGGUUGGGGUGAAAACGGUACAAAUGGAGAAGCUGAAAUCGUUGAAAUAGGAUACGGUAGACUCUUCAUGAUUCGUGGUGAAAUCGAAAACAUGCAACAAAAUAAACUUCAAGAUUUCCAACGCCGAGAACUAGUACUCAAAACUUGGAUUUACGAAGUUUCGGACGCCAUUCAGCUUUUGAAACUCCGCAUCGAUGUUUAA